UACGACGCUCUAAUGAACCUCGUCCUGGACGAUGGGAAGGAAACAGUCAGAGAUGAUCAAGGAAACGAGUCGACGAGAUCCCUCGGCCUUGUUGUUGCCAGAGGAACCCUUCUGGUUCUCGUCAGCCCCGUCGACGGCAGCGAAGAGAUUGCCAACCCUUUUGCCCAAGCUGAGGAGGACUGA